CUCAUCCUACACUCUAUGAUUGGCUUUAUAUUUCUUUCCCUAAUGCAAUGUUUAACCAAAAAAAUAAAAAAAAAUUCAAAAUUUCAAAAGCCCAUCGACUCCCAAACGACUAGUAUAGAUUUAAAUAUUCAAAUAAUUAUUGGAAGCAACUCCCACAAUUAACCUUCAACGACUCGCCCCAACCUGCACUCUCUCCUUCUUCCCGCCGCGCGCGCGCGAGAGAGAGCAGAUAAAUCUAGAGAGAGAACAGAAAGGAAAAGAGGGAAAAAAAUGGUACAGUUCCACGAACACAUAAUCUCAGAGCUCCUCGAGGACGCCAAUGGCGGACUCCUCGUCCUCUCAUCCGGUCUCUCUCUCCACAAACUCAUCUCCUCCCUCCUCUCUCUCCACUCCCCCUCACAAGGCUCCCUCCUCCUCCUCUCCGCCUCCCCCUCCCAGAAAUCGUCUAUCCUGGCCUCCCUCCCCGACCCCCAAGCCCCUCCUUCCCAAAACCCUAACCCUAGUUUUCCCUCCGAGAUCACCUCCGAGCUCCCUGCCCACCAUCGUCACUCGCUUUACACGUCUGGCGGUGUCUUCUUCAUCACCUCGCGCAUUCUUAUAGUGGAUCUGCUCACUUCGAGGCUGCCGACCUCGAGCGUUGCCGGCCUUGUGAUUCUCAACGCGCACGCGCUUUCCGAUACUUCCACGGAGGCGUUCAUUGUGCGGAUCUUGCGGUCGUUGAAUCGGACGGCGUACGUUAGGGCUUUCUCGGACAAGCCGCACGCGAUGGUGUCGGGGUUCGCGAAGGCGGAGAGGAUCAUGAAGUGUUUGUUCGUGCGGAGGUUGCAUCUGUGGCCGAGGUUUCAGGUCUACGUUUCGCAGGAGCUGGAGAGGGACCCGCCGGUGGUGGUGGACAUUAGGGUUUCGAUGUCGCCGAUGAUGAAGGGGAUUCAGAAGGCCAUAAUUGAAGUUAUGGGCGCUUGUUUGAAGGAGAUGAGAAAGACGAACAAGGUAGAUGUGGAGGAUCUGACGGUUGAAAAUGGGCUGUUUAAGUCCUUCGAUGAGAUUGUGCGGCGGCAAUUGGAUCCAAUUUGGCAUACAUUGGGGAAGAAGACGAAGCAGCUUGUGUCUGACCUAAGGACAUUGAGAAAAUUGCUGGAUUAUCUUGUGAGAUAUGAUGCUGUGACUUAUUUGAAGUAUUUAGAUAGUUUGAGAGCAUCCGAGAGUUUCCGUUCUGUGUGGAUAUUUGCAGAAUCAAGUUAUAAGAUAUUUGAGUAUGCAAAGAAGCGGGUUUAUUAUUUUGGUAGGCCCGAUGGCGUGAACUUGGGAGGACAGGGUAACAAUUUGGCAGGCAACAAAAGAAAACUUAAGGACCGCAAUAAUGAGAAAGUAGCAAAUGACGAAUCUCUGCCUACAAAUACGGCCAGUGGAGUUGUUCUAGAGGAAGUUCUAGAGGAGGCACCGAAGUGGAAGCUGUUGCGAGAGAUUCUUGAGGAGAUAAAAGAAGAAAGGGAAAAAAAAGCUUGGUCGAGUGAAGAACUUGCAGCUAAAGAUCAGGGAGAUGAUAGGAGCAUUGUUUUAGUGGCAUGCAAAGAUGAACGCUCUUGCAUGCAGCUUGAGGAUUGUAUUCUAAAUGGCACGCAGAAGGUUAUGCGGGGUGAGUGGGAGAAGUAUUUGCUGAGCAAAGUGGAGCUGCAAGGUUUACAAAAGCGUCAGAAGAAGAAGCCAAAGGAUCAUAAAGGUUUUGGAAUACUCAAUGGAGUGGCUCCAACAACAUCAGGACAGAGUGUAGAAAGUACGAGCAUGAGUAAGCUUGAAAACGAAGCGCUGCUGGCAGCUGCAUUAGAAAUAAAUAAGCUAGUAAUAAGGGAUUCUGUUGUUGAAGAUGAUCCUCAACCUCGUGCUAACCAUAGAGAACGUGGAAGAGGAAGGGGAAAAGGAGCAGCUAAACGAACAUCUUUGAAAAAGAAUAUCAGUUCAACAGUAAAUGAUAAAUCAGAAGCAUCGGGUUCUGCCAAUGAAGGCCAAGAAAAUAAAAUAGAUCCAGUGGUUGCUGGUGGUUCUGUUGAAGGUGCGCUUAGAGGCACAUCCAUAGAUAGAGUUCUUCGGAAGCACACUGAAAAGGUUGAUCAUACGCUGCUUGGAAGAAAUUUGAAGCAACUGCCACCGGUUCACUUUUAUGCAUUGGAAAGUGAUCGACAUGUGCUUGACAUUCUGAAGCCCUCUGUGAUUAUUGUUUACCAUCCAGACAUGACUUUUGUCAGGGAAAUUGAAAUUUAUAAAGCUGAAAAUCCUUCAAUAAAUUUAAAAGUAUAUUUUCUCUUCUAUGAAGAUUCAACAGAGGUGCAAAAGUUUGAGGCAAGUAUACGCAGGGAAAAUGGAGCAUUUGAAUCAUUGAUCAGGCAGAAAUCAUUGAUGAUGAUUCCCGUUGAUCAGGAUGGACGUUGUCUGGGAAUGAAUUCAACCAUGGAGCCACAAGGUAUUGCUUCCCAAAACUCAGUAACCAGAAAAGCAGGUGGAAGAAAAGAAGCUGAGAAAGAAAUGCAGGUCAUAGUGGACAUGAGGGAGUUCAUGAGCAGUCUUCCAAAUGUUCUACACCAGAAGGGCAUGCGGAUAAUACCUGUGACCUUGGAAGUUGGGGAUUAUAUCCUCUCUCCAUUAAUAUGUGUGGAAAGGAAGAGUAUCCAAGAUCUUUUUGGAAGUUUUGCAUCAGGCCGCCUUUACCACCAAGCAGAAACAAUGGUGCGCUAUUAUAGGAUUCCUGUUCUUCUUAUUGAAUUUUCACAGGAUAAAAGCUUUUCAUUUCAGUCAGCAAGUGACAUUGGUGAUGAUGUCACGCCAAAUAAUAUUAUAUCCAAGCUGUCAUUGCUUGUUCUACAUUUUCCCCGCCUGCGAAUUGUCUGGUCUCGCAGUCUACAUGCCACUGCCGAGAUAUUUGCUUCGCUCAAGGCAAAUCAGGAUGAACCUGAUGAGACCAGGGCAAUCAGAGUAGGCAUCCCUACAGAAGAGGGCAUUGUGGAAAAUGAUGUGAGAGCUGAGAACUACAACACAUCUGCUGUUGAGUUCUUGAGACGACUCCCAGGUGUGACAGAUUCAAACUACAGGGCUAUAAUGGAUGGGUGUAAAAGCUUGGCAGAACUCGCCUUGCUCCCCAUGGAGAGGCUAGCUGAACUGAUGGGUGGUCAGAAGGCAGCUCGAACAUUGAGGGACUUUCUUGAUGCAAAGUAUCCGACCUUGUUAUAAGGUGAAUGAUUAAUCCCGAUAUUGUCGAAUGGAGGCAUCAUCAUAAUUUACUCAAUGCUGCAGAGGGAUCAGCACAAUGUCAUCCUCGCUGUAUUACUGCCAACAGUUUGGCAUCCAAGAUUUCAUAUAGACGACGAUGUAGAUAUAGAAAUGGUUAUUAAGCUUUGAUCUGCACUUUCAACAUUUGUAUUAUUGUUAUUGUUUCGAUUGUAAUUUUUCAAGCUAAAUAAAACAUUCGGCCUACCGUGUAUGUAACUAUUGGGAUCUUAGGGCUUUUAUUGGAUCAUGUUAGUACCAUUUUGUUGUGCCA